CUUGUGUGUCCUUGUCCAGGCUCCUUAUCCAGUCUGUAGCAGAGAGUGGAUUUGCACAGAGGCACCGCGCAACAUGAGGAACUUACUGGGUCUGCAGCGGCUGGCGUUUCGCUCCUUUUCCUCGACAGCAAGGAAUCAGUUGAAGAACAAAGUGCCGGAGAAUCAGAAGAUAUUCCAGGAGGAUAACGGUCUCCCGGUUCACAUCAAGGGGGGCACGGUGGAUGUGUUGCUCUAUCGCUUCACUAUGGCCAUCACUCUCGGAGGAACUGGGUUUUCUCUUUACUGGCUGCUAGCCGCCUCCCAGCCCAGAAGGAAGUAAGACAGGAAAUGGGAAUCCAGACUUCCAUAAGAAUCGAGAGUCACUUCUCACUUUCAUUGCCUGAGGCUAACCGAACCAAAUAUGCCAAUCUCUGGACCUUGUAACAAAUGUAAUCAUAAAAAAAAACUAUAUAUCUA